AUGGCUGUAUUAGAACCCUGGGAAGCCAUUGCCGCUCGCAAGAAACAAGAACGCGAUUCCAAAAUACCCCCACAAUGGCGGAUACCAUCCUCGCUCCUUCCAAGCCUCGAUGUUCUCGAUGUCCACGAUUUUCCAAAGACGGAUAGAGAGCUGCUUAUAACCGAGUCUACGGCAUCCACAGUUGUCUCCAAGAUCGCGUCGGGAGAAUGGACAGCUCUUGAGGUCACCGAAGCCCGGGAUGGCAAGACGAUUGGGCCAUUGCACGGGCUCCUGAUAAGUCUAAAGGUACGGCUGGGUUCGACGAUCGGCUAUGUUUCGUACGCCGAAAAGCCGGCUACUUCAGACUCAACGCUAGUGACAGUUCUUGUCCAAGCUGGAGCCAUAUUAUACGUCAAGACAAACGUUCCGGCUACGCUUAUGAUGGGUGAAUCUGUGAACAAUGUCUUUGGUCGUACAAAGAAUCCCCGGAAUAGAGAGCUGACUUCUAGCGGGUCUUCUAGUGGUGAAUCUUGCCUGGUGUCGUUCCGAGAGAGUUUCAUGGGCAUUGGGACGGACAUUGGGGGCAGCAUCCGCAAUCCCUCGUCGUUCACCGAAUUGACUGCGAUUCAGCCAUCUCAUAGCCAAGUCUCCUAUCAAAACGCCGUCAACACGUACCUCGGCCAGGAAGUAAUGCGAUCUUGUGCAGGGCCAAUGUGCCGUUCAGUCUCUGAUGUUCGGCUUUUCAUGUCGGCUGUCGCAAGUCAGUCUCCAUGGCUCCUCGAUCCACAAACUCUGCCCAUACCAUGGAGAUCAGAUGCCGAGAAGCUGCCCGAAAAGCUUUGCUUUGGUUUUGGAAUGGGUGAUGGAACCGUGAUGCCCACUCCCCCUCUCAUGCGAGCCAUGGAGAUCGCCAAAGCAAAACUCAUCGCUGCAGGCCAUUCCUUUAUUGACUUCAUCCCUUCUGAGCAUAUAGAAGCGGCAGACAUCAUUUCCAAGAUGUGGGAGGCCGACUCUGGAGAGGAAUUCCAACGCGACACCGAUGUCUCCGUUUUUGACACCUGGCAGAAUCGGCAUAAAAGAGCCCUGCUUGCACAGCGGUGGCUCGAGAAAUGGCAAGCUACGGCAUCGGAAACUGGGACCGGGAGACCAAUAGACGGGCUCAUCAUGCCUAGCAUACCGUUUCCUGCGGCCAGACAUGAUGCCGGGUAUCCACACCAUUGGGGCGCGUUAUCGCCUCUCCUGGACCUGACUACUGGUGUCUUCCCAGUCACUCAGGUUGAUCUGAAGAAGGAUGUGAUACCAUCAGACUGGGAGCCAAUCUCAGAGACUGAUGGGAAGGUAUGGAAGUGCUACGGUAAGCCAAAGAACCACGAGAACGCUUUGGUCGGCCUCACCGUCAUUGGGCGCAUACUCGAGGAGGAGAAAGUUACGGCAAUGCUGGAUGUCAUCACCAAAGCUUUGGGCAUAGAUUACUGA